AUCGGUGACUUUGGACUCUGUCGAAGGGAAGGUUCUUGCUAUCCUUGUGAAGAGGUGCCUGUAAAGUGGUCUGCGCCAGAGGUGUUGGAAAAAAAGGAAAACUACAGCACGAAGUCCGACAUCUGGUCCUAUGGUGUUGUCCUCUGGGAGGCAUACAGUCUCGGGCACAAAUGGUCCACCUCCUUUGCUCCCGAAAAGGCCUCAACUAACCUCUUCUUUAUCUGUAAGAAAUUCUGCACCUCCUACUUUGCCACCGAGAAAUCCUGCGCCUUCUUCCAACCGUCAGUCACUCCAAUCGCCUUUAUAGGCCGUUCCAUUUCUGAUUUCAUGAAUUUGUCUGAAUGA